UAUUUCUUCUUAUUAACAACUUUUUAUCUAUUUCUUACACGGUCAUACGCAAUGGAAAAUUUAAAUAUUUAAAAGAAACAAAAAUUUUUACCAAUUGGAGGAACACAUCGUUCGCGUAAAUCAUUAAUAUAGUUGAUAACAUAGAAGAUAAUUAUAUUUUUUUGCCAACAAAUUAUUUUUUAUCAAAUAUUUAUGAGGUCAUUUCUUAUAUCUGAAAAAUUAAAAUAUUUACGUGAUAGGGAAGACAAGCGACGAAAUAAUGCUUAUGCGUAUUUCUUUUGUCACUUCUUUUUUAUUUCAUGCGAACGGAAGGAACUCUACGCUUCUUUUUCUAACACACAUGGCGAUCAGUGUCAGCGUGGAGGGGAUGAAAGAGUCAUGGAACGCAGUAUUCGUGAGCAAAUGACGACUAUUAUAAUAUUCCUAGGAUUAAUAGUCCUGGCUAAAUCGCAAUUGAUUUAUCCGGAUCAGUACGAAUAUACGAAGACUUCGAUUUAUCCAGCCUAUGCUAAUAAUCAGCGACGAUCAUAUUCAGCUGAUGUCGCAUACGCUGCAUCAGCAGUACCAGCAGCACCCAUGGUAUAUUAUGCAUCAUCAGCAGCACCUAUGGUAUAUUCCGCACCAGUAGCAGCACCUGUGGCAUAUUCCGCACCAGUAGCAGCACCUGUGGCAUAUUCCGCACCAGUAGCAACACCUGUGGCAUAUUCCGCACCAGCACCAGCAGUAGCAGCACCCGUGGCAUAUUCCGCACCAGCACCAGCACCAGCACAGCAGCAGCACCCGUGGAAUAUUAUGCAUCAGGAGCAGCACCUAUGAUAUAUUAUGCAGUACCACCACGAUCCAUAGCUUAUUAUCCAUCAUCGGCAUCUAUCGUAAAUCAAUUACCUAAACAACCGAAAGA